AAGGUGACAGUCAGGUGUGGCAACAGCAGCUGACUGACCAACUCUAAUGAAAAGUGACUUGAUCGGUGUUCCUUCCUUAGUCAUUUUGUAAUAGACACUAAAAGCAUCUCAGAAAUGCACCAGAGCUGCAUUCAUCCAAGAGAGACGUUUAGAUAAGAACAGGAACUAUAAAGUUAUUGAGCUGGAACAGUGAAUGUAUUCAAAUUCUGUGGGUGUUACUGAAUCAUAUUUUUUACAUUCAAUUUGAAAAUGAUGGACCAGAAGUGGAACAAUAACUUGGUGCUAAAUAAACAUAUCUAAGGCAGGAAAGAGUUGCCUUGGUUGUCUUCAUCUACGUGAAGGUUGGAAGCAGUCUGUUGUGAAACUGGUGGAUUAGAGCCGUGCGGAUGCUUCAUUCUGCAACUAUGUUGCCUGCUUUUUUGCUGCUGUUUUUUAUGGGAACCUCCAUCAGGUUAUCAGAGACCAUGAGCAGAGAUGAGAGGAACAAACUGAGGAACCAAGUGGUGGAAAUGUUUGACCACGCUUAUCAGAACUACAUGGACCAUGCCUACCCCGCAGACGAGCUGAUGCCUUUGACUUGUCGUGGGCGAGUGCGUGGACUAGAGCCCAGUCGAGGGGAUAUAGAUGAUGCCCUGGGGAAGUUCUCCCUCACCCUCAUUGACACUCUUGACACUCUUGCACUGUUAAAUAAGACGGUGGAGUUUGAGGAAGCAGUGAGGAGAGUAUUGAAGGAUGUACGGUUGGAUAAUGACAUUGUGGUGUCUGUAUUCGAGACCAACAUCCGGGUGCUGGGUGGACUGCUGGGAGGCCAUUCCAUGGCCAUCAUGUUGAAAGAAAGUGGGCAAAUGCUCUGGUACCAGAAUGAGCUGCUGCACAUGGCCAAAGAUCUUGGACUCAGACUGCUACCUGCAUUUAACACCAGCAGUGGCCUGCCUUACCCUAGAGUGAACCUGCGUUAUGGAGUCCGUGGACCUGAGACCCGUACAGGCACCGAAACGGACACCUGCACCGCCUGUGCCGGGACAAUCAUCCUUGAAUUUGCAGCCUUGAGCCGCUUUACUGGAGACCCUACUUUUGAGGCUCAUGCGAGAAGGGCUCUUGACUUCCUUUGGGAAAAGAGACAGAGGAACAGUAAUCUAGUGGGAACGACCAUCAACAUCCACUCAGGAGAGUGGGUCCGCAGGGACAGUGGAGUUGGAGCAGGCAUAGAUUCCUAUUAUGAGUACUUGAUGAAGGCUUAUAUAUUACUGGGAGAUGACCAAUAUCUGCAUCGCUUUAACACUCACUAUGCAUCCAUUAUGAAGUACAUCAGCCAACCACCUCUGCUACUGGACGUCCACAUCCACAAACCCCUGCUGCCAGCCCGCACCUGGAUGGACUCCUUGCUUGCCUUUUUCCCAGGAUUGCAGGUUUUAAAGGGAGAUAUCCGGCCAGCCAUAGAGACGCAUGAAAUGCUUUAUCAGGUUACCAAGAAACACAACUUCCUUCCUGAGGCGUUCACCACUGAUUUCAGGGUUCACUGGGCUCAGCACCCCCUGCGGCCAGAGUUUGCAGAAAGCACUUACUUCCUUUAUAAGGCAACCAGAGAUCCAUAUUACCUGGAGGUGGGCCGCACCGUACUGGAGAACCUGAACCGGUUUGCUCGAGUUCCCUGUGGCUUCGCUGCUAUGAAGGAUGUGAGGACGGGAAGUCACGAGGACCGCAUGGACUCGUUUUUCCUGGCGGAGAUGUUUAAGUACCUGUUUCUGCUAUUUGCUGAGGAGGAGGAUUUGCCUUUUAAUGUAGAGGACUAUAUCUUUACCACAGAAGCUCAUCUGCUGCCUCUUUCCCUCUCCACUGCCUCAAACUCACAUGCGCCCCCUGUCGUCAACAGUAUGGCCGGAGAGGAGCUUGAUGACUCAAAUUUUGAGUGGACUUGCCCUAACACCCGCCUACUCUUUCCUGAUCCCGCCUUCCCACGCAAUCUCCGUGAACCAAUCCGAAGCGCAGUGGAUAAGAGUUGUCUGCGCCCGACCAUUCAUCGAGAGCCUGGUAUGGGCCGUCCUCUUAGGGCUCAAGACUUCAUGGCCAAUAACCCCGAACAUCUGGAGCUGCUGAGGCGGAUGGGUGUGAGUCUCAUCCACCUCAAGGAUGGCAGAGUACAACUCGUUCAGCACGCAACACAGGCGGUGAGUGCAGUCGCUGCAGAGGACGGCAUGCGUUUUAUGCAGGAAAUGAUGGAGCUCUCCAGCCAGCAGCAGAAAGAACAGCUUCCUCCACGAGCUGUUCAAAUUGUGUCGCACCCCUUUUUUGGUAGAGUGGUACUGACCGCAGGCCCUGCGCAGUUUGGAAUGGAUCUUUCCAAAAGCAGUUCUGGAGUGCGUGGGUUCGUAACCGUAGCGGAGCCCUAUAACGGCUGUUCUGAGUUGAGUAACGGUGAGAUUGUGGCAGGCCGCAUCGCUCUGCUGCAGAGAGGCCAGUGCAUGUUUGCAGAGAAGGCUAGGCACAUUCAGAAAGCUGGGGCCAUCGGAGGCAUCGUCAUCGAUGAUAAUGAGGGCAGCAGCAGUGAUACGGCCCCAUUGUUUCAGAUGGCGGGAGAUGGUCGGAGCACUGAUGAUGUCACUUUACCACUCCUCUUCCUGUUCCACAAAGAGGGCAACAUCCUGUUGGAGGCUCUAAAGGAGUACAAGGAGGUGGAGGUGCUGCUCAGUGAUAAAGCUAGAGACAGAGAAGCCAUAUUUAAGGGGAAAGCCCUCCCGGGCACCCUGUUGGAUGGCAGUACAGAUGGAGCAGAAGAAGAGGACUGCUCCACAGAAGAGAAAGACCACAGUUGCUCCACUUCCUCAGAACCUGUUGACCAGUCACAAGUCACUACUCAGGAACAGACAGCAGAAGACUCAGUCGUUGGGCAAGAUUCGGUUCAGCCAGUGGAGGGACUUGGCAGCUACGUCCCUGUGGACGUAGGGGAGGAGCCUGCGGUGGACGGGGACUCCGACAGCCAAUCGGUGAACUCGCUGAUGGCUGAUUGGCAGGAGGACUUAGAAGCGUUUAAGCAGAUGGAGAAGGAUGAGCUUUGACAUUCCCCUUCAUCUCAGACUCCGCUAGCAUGUCCCAGCCAUAACACAGACUGAGAAAUCAGUUCUGUCGAAUAGGGACAAUAUAUCAGAUAGGCGUGAUUAAGAACUCUGACUCAAAGAGCUCAUUUUCUACGGCCAGUUCUCAGGGGCUUCAUUCUGAUUCACACAUAUCCUGUUCUCUUCAUCUGAACGCUGACAAACUGUUUUCCAGAUUUCACACAUUACAACUUAUCUCUUUCUCUACAUGCCUAGGGUACACAAUCACUCCUGUUUUUGUCUUCCUUCUAACAAAUGGAUUCUCUGAUUAUUGAAGUGCAGGCUUAAAUCAUCAGUGCUGAUUAAUCGUCUGAAAGACUGAUUAAUGCCUGGUUUAACUGUGAUGAAUUGCUUUUUGCAGUAGGAUUCAUAUUUGGUUCUUGUCUCAGUUUGCAGGGUCUGAAAAA